AUUCUGCUACCAUGGAGGAAGUGUGUGAGCACUACCCAAAGAGGUCAUGUGGUAGAGGAUGGGAACAGCUUGAUGAGAACCGCUGUAUGAGAAUCUUUUGGGCUAAGAGAAACAUUGUUGGUGCUCAGAAAUACUGUGGCAUGUUUGGUGGAACCCUGGUGUCACUUCACAACUCAGCUCAGAUGCAACGAGUGACUUGUCUAGUCUGGCGUAGAAAGUUUUCAGACAGUAAAAUCUGGAUUGGAACCGCGCUAAGCGAUAGAGAGCGACAGUACCAUAACAUUGAUGGGACUGCUGUGGAUUAUACCAACUGGUACCCCGGGCUGAGAUAUUCACGUUCAAAAGCUUGCGUUGAAUCAAACUACAAGGUGUGGGGUAGGUGGCAUAACACAGACUGCUCAGAAGUGAAGCACUUUGUGUGUACCAAGGCUCUGCGACCAUGAUCAGCUGGUGUAUCUGCUUCAUGACAGCCACUGCAAACACAAGCUUUUACACUUAAAGCAAUAAAAACUUCAGAAACAC